UGAGACUUGGACAGAGUUAUGUAUAGAGCAUGAGCCUUGGACUAUGUAUAACACGCACACGCACAGAUGAAAUCGUCUUAAUUAUCUGACAGCCACUGCCUCCCCCUCCCGCCCCGCCCCCAUGUCCAUUUCCUUCGACGCCGCCUUGCGCAAAGCCUCAAUUGUCGACAGAUAGGGCACAGCGUCAGCCCUUGCACUGGCGUCCUCCGCCUGCUGCUCUAUCGACACCUCAUCCUUCAUCCUCCUGCGGCCUCGGUCUUGCCUCGGUGGGCUCUUGGACCUCUCGCGGGCCUUCUGGAUGGAUCUCUGCUUGACAGUGUCGGCGUAGGGCUGCAGCGAGGCCAGCUUCUCUUUGAGGUGCUCCUCUGUGGCCUUUUGCUCGUUGUGGGCGGCUUGGAUGGAGGACCGUAGGGUCGCCUGCAGGCAGACGCGACGCGACACGACGCGACAUGGCGGGAGUAAUUAAUGCAUGAACACACGACACGAAAGGGAGGGGAGGGGCUUGCCUUGAGUAUUUCGUCCUGUCUUCGCAUGUCCUCCAUCUUGUGGGUGUAGGCGUCCUGGCAGGCACAGAGAGAGAGAGACGUGCAAUGCAAUGCAAUUCGUGUGUGCGCGGCUUCUGGGUGGUUGGCUCUCUCCUCCUCAGAUCAGAUGCGUUCGUACCUGUAUGUCUUUGUGCGCCCUCAUGUCGGCCUCCCGUGUCUGCAUCCGCAGCGUGUGGUCCUUGGCGCGCACCGACUCGACCAUGGCCUGCAUCACGUCACGCACACAGUGCAGUGCACACCACGCACACACUCGCACAGCGCCGGUGUGUCGUUUGCAGGCACGGUCCGGCUGAUGCUUGCUCGGCUGAGACCUGGUUGAUGAGUGCCCUCUGUUGCCUUUGUCGGGCCUCCCUCGCAGCGCCUUUCACCUGCUCCUCAUGGACUGACACACACACAUCCACAGUGCAGAGAGAGCCUCACGCACUCAGUUGGUUGAGUCAGUUAGCCACCCUUCGCUUCGACGGCCUCUCGGCUGGCGCCCAGGAACUCCCUCUUCUUGGCGAUUUCCCUCAGCUCUGUCGCCAGCUUCUCCUGCUGCGCCUUCUGCUCCUCACGCUUGUCAAAUAUCUUCUUCUGCGCCGCAACCACAGCCUGCUCAUGGCGCUCCUGCUCGCGGAUCCGCUCCCUCUCCCUCUCUGCCCUCUCUUCUGUCUUGCGCUGGGUGGCCUCCUGCAGGGCCAGCGCCCUGACACGCGAGAGGCUCUGGGCCUUCUGGAGGAUCUGCUCGGCCUUGUCCUGCUUCUCGCGGACGUUGGCCUCGCGCCUCUCUUUGACGAGCUCCUCGUCUCUCGCCUUCAUGAGGGCUAAACGCUCCCUCAAUUCGACCAGAGACAUCUGGUCGAGAAGACCUGGGAAGGAGACACGACGCGCAGAGCGGGUGCGACUGGCGCGUGCGUGUGGGGGUGGGUUGUUAGUGACCGUGGUCUGAUGCGGCAGUGGGGUCGAAUGGCUUUGUUUGUACGACGGAGACCCUCUCGAUGGCGCGGAUCUUGCGGAUGACGUCGUUGCGCUGCUCGCGCUCACGCUGCUCCUCCCUGACAGAGAGACAGACAGACAGUGCAAAGCGUGCGCGUGUGAUGGUCUGCCUACUUUUGUUUCCGCUCCCACUCCUCCCUCCUCUCCCUCUUGGCACGCUCGGCAUCGCUGGCCUUGGCAGCUGCCACCUAACGAGAAGAAGAGACACACACAUCCAUGUUUGUACGCAGACCGACAAGUAUGGCAUCUUCCCAUGCACUCACGCACUCACUCACCUUCCUCUCGGCCAUGCGUGGCCUGUCCCUCUGCUCAUGGAUAGACCUGGCCACGGAUUGGCGGGCCUGCAGGACCGAGUUGAGGAACCUCUCCCGCCUGAUGGCGUCGAUCUUGGACUGCUCCCGCAUCUUGGCCGCCCCCAGCUCGUUCAUUCGCCGCUGGUUCUCCGCUGCCUCGAUGGCGUUCUCCCGUGAGAGGUGCAUCUCCACCUUCCUCUGCUCGAUGCGGGUCUUGCGGGCCUCCGCGUCCUUGGCGCGCGACUCAGCCUGCCACCUGUAGAACUCACUCGAGUCGCGGAGGUCCUCUGCGUAGCGUUUCAGUAUGUCCACCUCCUUCUCCUGUAAAUAUUUGCGGGUGGGUGCGGUGCGCAGAAAGAGUGAGGGUGUCUGUCUGCUGCGGGUGGGGUGCGUGGUGGAUGUGAUGUGUCAUGGGCAGUACCUUUUUCUUUGCGUAGAGUGCGUCGGCUCGGAGGAUGGCGGCCGUGUUGAGCCGCACCUCGGCCUCACCAAACUCGGGCACCUCACCCCCUACCUUAGCUGCACACACACAGACAUCGUGUCUCCUGCUUGCUUGUGCCCCUCACACCCUCUUUGUGUGUGUUGUGUUGUGUCUCACGUGCAAAGGUCAGCUCUGCGUUGCGUUCCUUCUCCACCUCCUCCCUGAUCCGCUCCUUAUCGCUUGGCCGCUCCAUCGUCUGCAGCCCGGGUGGAUUGCACAAGGCGGGCUUCUCCGCCUCCCCUUCUCCCGCCAUCUGCCCUUCAGGCGGCUGCCGCAGGUAUUUCUGCAGCGUCUUCUUGCCCACUUCUACUCGCCGCGUCUUGGCUUUCCUCAUGAUUUUCUGCAGCGACGUCCUCUUGAGCACCUUCUCGUUCACAGGGUUGGCUUUCACCUCUCUCGACACUGGAAAUGGUGCGGGAAGAAGCCGGGGUUUCGGCUUUGAGAGGUUGAAAGGGACCGCCUCGGUUGGCGGGAUGGGCGGUGGUCGCGGCAGCCCGCCCUGGGCCUCCUCGCCCUGCGCCUCUGCCUCUGCCUGCUCCACCUGUGUGGCCUGCUCGGCCAGCUCCUCGAGCAGCGGGAUGAACUUGGGUUUCCGCCUCUGCAGCCCGCCGAUGAUGUCGUCCUCGAUGUACUUGAGGUCGUAUAUCCUCGCCCACUCCCGCUUGACCCAAUCGUUGAGCUCCUCUGCGUUGAAGAGGAACUGCAGGAGGCAGUGCAUGGCUGGGGGGUGCUGCGGGCGGAUGAUGUUGGCCAGCUCCCGAGGGCCGAGUUCGUCGGAGCGGAAGAUGGUGAGGUAUGAGACGAUUUUGUAGAGGGUUGAGUCGGCCUUGGCGGUGCCGGCGGUGUGCUUGACCAGGAGGGCCUCCACCAGGAUGGACAGAAAUGGCAUGUAACGCAACACGCCGUAGAAGAUCUGAGAGAGACUGCAUGAUCGCAUGACGCCACACGACAGCAGCAGGGCAACGAUGCACGUGUCUUCGGCAGUGGGUGCGUGUCUGCUCCUUUUCUUAAUACGUAUGUGUGGGGCUCACUCACAAUGUUUUCUCCUCUUCCUGUUCCUCGGGCGGCGCUCUCUGCCCUCUCUUUCUGCUGUCCAUAAAGCGGUCCAUCCAGGAUGCCGGCGUCUCCUUUUUGGCGUCAUAUCCCUCGAUGAGCUUCCUGCAGGACGUCAUGAGCCCCUUGUACACGGCGGCCUCCUCCUGCCUGCGUCUCUCGGCCUCUCGGGCGGUGGUGGAGGCUGCCGUCCCGCUGGGGGGCGGCUCACGACUCAUGUGCGACUGGGCAUCCAUCGGGAGAAGCUGUG